AUGCCCGAAAGGGUCCGCACCGUCUUCGACGACGAGGACAACGCCAUUACCGUCAGCAGCCGCAAAUCUGAGCCUCAGGAAGCAGCUACGCAAUCGCAAUCGCAAUCUGUCCCGACGAAACGGAAGGAAUCCGGAGUGGACGAUACGGAAGACGGAGUGAAGAAGCAGAAGAAGAACAAGAAGCGGAAGGUUGGAGAUUCCAACGCUGCUGCUGCGCAGGAGUCAGGGUCCGCGACGGCGACAGCGACAACCAAGAAGACGAAAGAGAACCGGGGCGAAGGGGCUACGGAGUCGAAACCGGUUGAGAGCAACGGUGUGAAUGGGGACGGAAAAGCGUCCGGACGCACGAAGAAGCAGAAACACAACUUGAAGGAAGAGGGAGAAGAAGGCCCGGAUCACAACAAUCGAAAGCCACUACCGCACCACCGCAACAACAACAACUCGAACAACAAAUUGAAACAAGGGUUGGGGGGCGCGAAGAAUAACUACGGCCCGCUGCGCGAGAAGGCCCAGGCCCUCUACCACCUACGCAAGAACCUCCCGAUCUUCCCGCACGCGGACGAGAUACGCGCGCACCUCCGCCGGAAUGAUGUGAUGCUGUUGAUCGGAGAGACGGGUAGCGGAAAGAGUACGCAGAUACCCCAGUUUCUGGUGACGGAGAAGUGGUGUCGGUCUGUCAAGACAACUGUGAAGGCGGAGGAUGGGUCGAAGAAGGAGGUCCCGGUGGGCGGGUGCAUCGCCAUCACGCAGCCCAGAAGGGUGGCGGCGAUCUCGUUGGCGAGGCGCGUGGCGGAGGAGAUGGGUACGCCAUUGGGAAACUCCUCUCCAGCGAGUAAGGUCGGCUAUGCCGUUCGGUUUGAUACGUCGACGUCGCCGAGUACGCAGGUCAAGUUCUUGACGGAGGGAAUGCUGCUACAGGAGAUGCUGCAUGAUCCGUGGUUGACCAAGUAUAGUGCCAUUGUGGUGGAUGAGGUACACGAGCGUGGUGUCAAUGUUGAUCAGGUGCUGGGGUUUUUGAGGAAUAUGGUGUCAGGCAAGCUCGAGGGUCGAGGAGGGGUGCCCUUGAAGGUCGUGGUCAUGAGUGCUACGGUUGACAUGGAGAGUCUCAUGGGCUUCUUCAAGGAGGGAUUACAACCUCGGCGCAAGAAGGAAGAAGAGGGCAUCUCUGCGUGCCAUAUCAAGGGUCGUCAAUUUCCUGUGAAGGUCAUCUAUUCGCCAGAGCCCGUGCAUGAUUUCGUCGAUGCAGCGCUCAAGGUGAUUUUUAAUAUCCAUUACAAAGAGCCUCUACCCGGUGAUAUUCUGGUGUUCCUCACUGGACAGGAGACGGUGGAAGCGCUCGAGAAUCUUGUGAAUGAGUAUGCCGUCGGAAUGGACCCUGCCCUGCCUAAGAUCCAGGUUCUGCCGCUGUUCGCAGCCCUUCCACAAGCUGCUCAGCAACGAGUCUUUCUGCCUGCGCCGCCUCGAACUCGCAAGAUUAUUUUGGCCACGAACAUCGCUGAAACCUCCGUCACGGUUUCUGGAGUGCGGCAUGUUGUCGAUUGUGGCAAGGCCAAGGUCAAGCAAUUCCGCUCACGUCUCGGACUGGAUUCCUUGUUGGUCAAGCCGAUCUCCAAGUCGGCUGCGAUUCAACGUAAGGGUCGUGCCGGUCGUGAAGCGCCCGGUUCGUGUUACCGACUCUAUACCGAGAAGGACUAUCUGGCUUUGGAUGAAACCAAUACUCCGGAGAUUCUCCGUUGUGAUUUGAGUCAGGCAUUACUCAACAUGAAGGCUCGCGGUGUCGAUGAUAUUAUGGGAUUCCCAUUCCUGACACGGCCUCCACGAGAGUCUCUGGAGAAGGCAUUGCUGCAGCUGCUGAGCAUUGAUGCCUUGGAAGAGACCGGCCAAAUUAGCUCGAUCGGAAAACACAUUGCCAAGCUUCCUCUUACGCCGACGCUGGGACGGGUGCUGCUGGCCGCUUCAGAAUUCGGGACGGACUGCCUACUAGAUGUCAUUGAUGUUAUCUCAUGUCUCAGUGUUGAGAACAUUUUCCUGAACACGACCUCGGAGGAAAAGAAAGAAGAGGCGGAGGUUGCGCGACGGGAUCUGUAUCGGAGAGAAGGUGAUCAUCUCACGAUGCUGGCUACAGUACAGGCUUACGCUGCCGAGAACACGGAUCGGAAAGCAUGGGCUGAGAGACAUCUCGUCUCCCAUCGGGCCAUGCAAUCUGUUAUGGAUGUUCGCAAACAACUUACCGCCCAGUGCCGGCAAGCCAAGCUUCUCCCCAACGAUACCCGGGGGGGUACUUCCACCACCAGCAUCAAUUCCUCCUCCCCAAUGUUCAUUCUGAAAAGUUUCCUUCGAGGUUUCGCUACGAAUACGGCACGCCUUGUACCAGAUGGCAGCUAUCGUACGGUGGUGGGGAACCAGACCGUGGCGAUCCACCCAUCAAGCGUGUUGUUUGGGAAGAAGGUGGAGGCAAUCCUGUACAACGAGUUUGUCUUCACGAACCGUAGUUACGCGCGUGGGGUGAGUGCCGUGCAGAUGGAUUGGGUCGGAGAAGCGUUGUCUGGGUAGAAGUUCUUGCUCCGUAUCUCUGCGUGAGGUUCCCAGCCUGCAGCCCCACCUGUAAAUAGAAAUAGAUGGUUGCAGCUCCUGAUAGACGUAUAAUACCCGGCUUUCCAGAUGAAGGAUGGAAGUUGACCUCGCGUAGGAAGUGGGGGCUUGGCUGCCCCCCUUGACAGGCAGUCAGCUUGCUUUGAACCAUGCAGGGCAGAUCAAGGAUGACAUGUCGUUGAGAUCAGAGGAGAUGGAAAGCGAAAGUGGGAUGAUCAGCACUGGGCUGAUCCUUGGUUGAGAAGGAGGGGGAGGGUGACAGGCAAGUCUUAAGCGAGAGCAGAGAAACAUGAUUGUUUGAGACUCGUUUCGAGUGUACUUGUGGCUGUGAUGAGCUGGCGACAGAUAC